UGGCGGUCUCCUUGGGGUACGCGGAGUCUGUCCGCGUCCUGUUGCGGCACAAGGCGGAUGUCACUAAGGAGAACGCCCAGGGCUGGACAGUCUUGCACGAGGCCAUCAGCACCGGCGAUCCGGAAAUAGUCCACAUGGUCCUUCAACACCGUGACUACCAGCAGACGUCCACCACCCUUGGUGGUGUCCCCGAAUUGCUUCAGAAGAUCAGUGAGACUCCAGAUUUUUAUGUGGAAAUGAAGUGGGAAUUCACCAGCUGGGUCCCGCUGGUGUCCAGAGUUUGCCCCAGUGAUGUUUGCCGCAUCUGGAAGAGUGGCGCAAAGCUGCGAGUGGAUAUCACCUUGCUGGGCUUUGAGAACAUGAGCUGGGAGCGAGGGAGACGCAGCCUGAUUUUCAGAGGGGAAGAUACCGGGCACUGGGCUGAGCUGAUUGAGGUUAACCAUGAUGACAAAGUGGUGGCGGCCGAACGCUUUGAGAUCACCCAGCAGAUCAAGCGGCUGACCCUGGACUCCAUGGUGCCCAAGAACAAGGAGGUGGAGCGACGGCUGACCUCUCCCAUCCUCAGCACCUCCCUGGACACCAGGAACAUCGCCUUUGAAAGAAACACCUCUGGCUUCUGGGUCUGGAAAACGGAGAGGAGCGAAGUGGUGAACGACUACGAAGCCAAGGUCUUCACGGCCAACAACGUGAAUGUGGUGACCAGGAUCCGGACAGAGCAUUUGACCGACGAGGAGAAGAGAAGAUACAAAGCUGACCGAAACCCCCUGGAGUCCUUCUUGGGCACCAUUGAGCACGAAUACGGAGCCCAGCAGGACCUCACAACAGAGUUUGCCUCGACCAACAACCCAACAGCUCUCACGCCAGAGGAAUACUUCGACCCUCAGUUCGACUUGAAGGACAGAGAUAUUGGCAGGCCGAAAGAAGUGACCAUUCGGACUCAGAAAUUUAAAGCCAAUCUGUGGAUGUCGGAAGAGUUCCCGCUCUCCCUCGUGGAGCAGGUCUCCCCCAUCGUGGACCUGAUGGCCAGGACCAGUGCCCACUUUGCUCGGCUGAAGGACUUCAUCACCUUGGACUUCCCUCCUGGGUUUCCGGUUAAAAUCGAAAUCCCCUUGUUCCACAUCCUGAACGCUAGGAUUACCUUCGGACGCGUAAACAGCUGCAGCACCCUGGAAGAGGCUUCGCCCCAGGGCCCCGAAGGCCCCCAGGCGACCGCUGCUGCUCCGGCCUCCCCCUUUGUGGUGGACCCCUCCGUCUUUGAGAUCCCCAAAUCCUACCGGGUCCAAGACGAUGGCCGGAACUUGCACGUGCAAGACGAAGACAACGAAAUCAUGCAGUUUGCCAUCCAGCAGAGCCUGAUGGAGUCCGGCCACAACCAGGAGCUUUUGGGGACAGCCUUGAACGGGGACGUCUCCUACUCACAGGAUCUCCAACUCCACUAUCAAAGGGCCCUGCAGGAGAGCCUCCUGGCAAGCAGCGGGAACCACCCUCCCCUGCGUGGUUCUUCCACCUUCGACCGGGAUCUGCAGCUGGCCAUGGUGCUCUCCCUUCAGGAACAGCAGGAACGGGAGGAGCGGAGGCAGGAGGAGGAGGAGGAGCAGCUGAAGGAGGCUCUCCAGCGCUCCCUGCUGGAAAAGUAGUGGGAUGACGCCUGGG